AUGGAUAAAGAGUGCGAAUGCACCAACCCACCCCCUCAACCCCCAAAAAACCUCCUCUUCUUCACCACCCUCCCAAACCGACUCCUCAACACCCCAUCCACCCCCUCCACCGGCGACGGCGUCUCCGGCGUCUCCGGCGCCGCCACCACCCCCGAGCCCGAACCCGAACCCGCCACACUCGGCGUCCUCGGCAGCGUAUGCGGACACACCACCAUCCCCUCCCGCGCCCCGCCCUCCGAACGAACCACAGCCCCCCUCCCCCUCCCCCUCUUCAGCCGCGUCCAGCGCCUCGCACGCGCCUUCGGCAGCGCCCUCCUCCUCUUCUUCCUGCCCAGCUGGGCCAGCGCCUCGGGGGACAAGUCGCGCGCGUACAACAGGGCCUGGCUCUCGAUUGCGGAGCGGAAGACGGGUGCUAGGCCGCCUGUUUUCGGUCUUGCGGAGGCGGAACCGGAUGCAGAGCCGGAGGCGGAGGAGGCCUCCUUUUUCUUCUCGGCCUUGGCGCGGGCGGCGAGCACGGCUUCGAGCUCGGCGGGGGGGGCGGGGGGAGGGGGGGGGGUGGUGGAGGGGGGGGGGGGGGGGGGGGGGGUCGAAGGCGGAAGGGAAGGGGUAGUUGUGGAUUGGGAGGGUGGCGCGGGCGCGGAGGCGGGAUUCGAGGUUGAGGUCGUGGAGGAGUUUGGUGUAGACGGCGUGGGGGAAGGUGAUUGUUGGGACGGGGGGCAUUGGUGGGUUGGUUGGUGGUGCGGAGAUGGAUAG